CUUCUUCCAACACUCCUUCCUAAUUCCUAACUAGUCCUCUCUCUCAGCCGCCUCUCUCUCUCUUUCUUUCUCUCUCUUUCACUCUCUCACUUUUUCGCGUCACUUUCGCCGGAAAAUUAAAUCGCCGGCGACUUUCCCGUUUCACCGGAGAUUCAUCAUUUCACCUUAAUCUUAUUUAUUUUUUAAUUAUUUUUCAAGUGUUUUAAGUUCUUUUUAAAGUGCUUGGUUGCGUGCAUGUUAAAACGGCGACGUUUUGCUGCGGUCGGAAAUCGAAGGAGAGUUGGGAAACGGCGUCGUUUCGGAUGUAGUUUGAUCGAUCGGUGAAAUGGGAAGAGUGGUUGUGGGAGUGACGGUGACGGUGGCUGUGGCGGCGUGUGCAGUAGCUGCGGUUGUGGUUGGGAGGAGAGUGAAAAGUAGAAGGAAGUGGAAGAAAGUAGCGAAUGUGUUGAAGGAGCUCGAGGAAGGUUGUGAUACGAGUGUUGGGAGGUUGAGGCAGGUGGUGGAUGCUAUGGCGGUGGAGAUGCACGCUGGUUUGGCAUCGGAAGGUGGUUCUAAGCUCAAAAUGCUUCUUACCUAUGUUGAUAAUCUUCCCAAUGGCUGUUGCUUUCAAAAUGCUGACCGUUUUGUUUCUUCACUGUCAUUUCAGAGGACUGAGAAAGGACCAUAUUAUGCGCUGCAUCUUGGGGGAACAAAUUUUAGGGUUACGCGGGUUCAUUUAAGUGGCCAACCAUCUCCUGUCUUGGAGCAUGAAGUAGAGCGACAACCCAUUCCCCCUCAUCUAAUGACUAGCACAAGUGAGGAUCUCUUUGAUUUUAUCGCAUCUUCGUUAAAGGAAUUCAUUGCAAAAGAAGGAGAUGGUUCCAAUUCUUCACAGGACAGAAGGGAACUUGGCUUUACAUUCUCCUUUCCUAUGAAACAAAUGUCUGUUUCCUCGGGAAUUUUAAUCAAGUGGACGAAAGGGUUUUCCAUUGUAGAUAUGGUAGGAAGAGAUGUUGUGGCGUGUUUGCAGGAAGCAUUUGUAAGAAAAGGCCUCGAUGUGCAUGUAGCUGCCUUGGUUAAUGAUACUGUUGGAACAUUAGCUGUUGGACACUAUCAUGAUCCAGACACUGUUGCUGCAAUAGUUAUUGGUACUGGUACUAAUGCAUGCUAUCUGGAAAGAAUUGAUGCUAUUAUCAAGUGUCAGGGUCUUCUUACUACAUCAGGACGCAUGGUUGUCAAUAUGGAAUGGGGAAACUUUUGGUCGUCUCACUUACCAAGAACACCAUAUGACAUUGAGUUAGAUGCUGAAAGCCCUAAUCCAAAUGAUCAGGGUUUUGAGAAAAUGAUAUCAGGAAUGUAUCUCGGUGAUGUUGUGAGGAGAGUCAUUCUCAGGAUGUCACUGGAGUCGGAUAUGUUGUUUGGACCUAUUUCUACCAAGCUUUCAACACCUUUCGUACUGAGGACUCCUUUGAUGGCUGCUAUGCAUGAGGAUGAUUCACCCGACUUAAUAGAAGUAGCAAGAAUCCUCAAUGACACAUUUGAGAUUCCAGAUGUUCCAUUGAAAGCAAGAAAAAUUGUGGUGAAGGUGUGUGAUGUGGUGACUCGUAGAGCUGCUCGAUUAGCAGCUGCUGGUAUUGUUGGCAUCUUAAAGAAGAUUGGCCGUGACGGGAGUGGUGGGAUCACAGGAGGAAGAAGUAGGAGUGAUAUAAAAAUGAAAAGAACAGUUGUGGCAAUUGAAGGAGGAUUAUACUCGAGCUAUACAUUGUUUAGGGAGUACUUGCAUGAAGCUUUAAACGAAAUACUGGGCGAAGAUAUUGCUAAGCAUGUAACUCUAAAUGUCACCGAAGAUGGAUCAGGCAUUGGAGCAGCACUGCUAGCUGCAUCAUAUUCUUAAAAAUGUGGAUAGGGUACACAUCUGGUAUUUAUAUAUAUCAACGUUGAUUGAUAUAUAUGGACAAGACACACACACAUAUAUAGCCCCUGUAAAUCAGAAUUUGUUCUUUAUAUGUAAUAUCUCUCUGUAUAGAGGUUUCAUCUAUUCUUUGAUCA